GGUAAGUGCCGUUGGGGUCGGGGCUUUCGGAGGCCUCGGAGCGGGCUGGUCCGGUCAGCCGCCCGUCGGGCUUCCGCUCCUCGACGAAGGCCGACUCCCGAUGCCUGCGUUGGGUAUGAUGCUCAGCCGGUACGGAGCGAGUGAAGAGUGUGACCUUCAUACUGUAUGAAUAAUGCAGACUAUAAAAUGCGUGGUUGUUGGAGAUGGCGCAGUUGGGAAGACCUGCCUUCUCAUUAGUUACACAACAAAUGCUUUUCCUGCAGAAUAUGUUCCCACUGUAUUUGACAACUAUAGUGCACAGAUGACUGUUGAUGGACGAACUGUAAGCCUGAACCUUUGGGAUACAGCAGGGCAAGAAGAGUAUGACCGUCUUCGCACUCUAUCGUACCCACAGAGUAAUGUCUUCAUCAUCUGUUUCUCUGUUGCUAGCCCUUCUUCCUUUGCCAAUGUUCGCCAUAAAUGGCAACCAGAAGUUUUGCACCACUGUCCAAAUGUCCCCAUUCUUUUGGUUGGUACGAAGAAGGAUUUAAGGAAUGAUUCUGAAACCAUAAAAAAGCUCAAGGAGCAAAGCCUUUCCCCGACGACAAUGCACCAGGGAGUGACCUUGGCUAAACAGAUUAGAGCGGUCAAAUACCUGGAAUGUUCAGCACUCAAUCAGGAGGGCAUCAGAGAGGUGUUCGUGGAGGCCGUGAGAGCAGUCCUUUAUCCCCACAGAAAAAAGAAAAGCAAAAAUUGUGUACUUUUGUAGCCUGAACACAUGAACAUCUUGGUUGCACAUAGAUUGGAAGCCAUGGAUCAGCUGCGCUUCGGAUUGCAUUGUGGUGUAACGCAAGGAUCUUGCACAAAACAAGUUUGUAUGACUGAAACUGGAAAUUGUUGAAAUGCUGCUUUUUUGGCUGGGUGUUAUUUUUACAGAAAUGCAGGCCCUUAAUGAGAUUUAUUCUGAUAUAAUGGCACUGGACUUUCUAGCUUGCAAUUAAAUGCUUGAUUGUUCCUGAGCUGAGCUAAACCGAUUGCCUUUUAACAGCCACUUUAAAGAUCUUUUUAAGCAUCUUAAUCCUGAUAAAUUAAUAGCUUUACUCACAACUGGCUUUUUUUGGAGAUGUAACUGUUUGUUAACAGCAAACAUGUUCUAGUCACUUUUUAAACAAAUGGCCAUGGCUUUUUCUCCAUUGCUCAGGUUUCAAAUUGCUAAUACUGGCUUUCACAACUGUUUAACUUUUUGGUUAAUAAGCAGUACAUCUUUCACACAUUGGCACUAAUCUAAAAUGUAUAAAUUAUCAUGAGCGUAGAUUUCAAUGCAAAAUCCUGGACUAGUACCUACAACAAUUUAUUGCUAUAUUAAUGAAACACAGUCCUUGCUGAAUGCAUUGGCACUGUAAAAAGACUUGGUGAAACACCUGCUGCACAGUAGGCAAAAAGCAACAACGUUUAAAUGUCAAAUUUAAAAUGGGUGGUGGAGAUCACUGAAAUUAUGAAAUCAUGGUAUUUAAAUUCCAUAAAACUAGCCUCAUGUUCCAACUGCAUUUUGGUACAAAAAUAUUUGUGGUAAAGUUCACUGGGUGUUGUAGUUUUUAUAUCAAGAAUUUUCAGUUAGUGACCAGUUUUCCUUAACAUAUACAGCUCCAAUCACCAAAAAAAAUUAAAUUUGAACAAUUCAUUGUUUUUACACUGCACAACUGCAAGGUCUGAUGUGGUACGAAUUCUAGAAUCAACUUGCUGCAGUGUGAAUUUGUAGGUAUUUAAGCCCAUUGCAGAUGGUACUGACAUAGGAUGAAAGGGAAAUGAGAAAUUACUGACAUUUGCUAAUGUGUAGAAGAUGGCUAAUAUGAAUUGUCUUGGAUCAAGGUCUGAAUAGUUUGUAUUGCAUCACCUCCAUGUAUAGUGGUACAUUUGGUGCACAGUUCUUGUUCUUUGAGAUAAACUCAGAUGUGACUAAAUACUGACAGCAACUCGUAAUUCUAUUUUGUUUACAACAUCCAAUCCCAAUCAAUACAGUCCACCUCAUUUCCCAAGAAAUAAAUCAUCACAUUAAAUAACAUUUCAAUCUGGUAGUUGUGAAACAGUGACACUUAAUUCAAUCAAUAGAAACAGAAUUUUGGUUCAAGGAACAUUUCUUGUGUUGAAGGAUUCUUUGGUCUGUGGGAUAAACAAAGGCUACCCUGUUGGCAUCAUUUCGCAGAAAGAGUUGACCAGAAGUGAGCCAAUCUGAUGGAUCAGUGUAGUUAACUUAGCUGUCUGACUUUAUUUUUUUUUGGGGGGGGGGGGUGGGGGAUUUGUGGUGUGAGACAUGCACAAUAAAGGCAAGAACAUGCUGGAAAGGAAAAAUGGCUUUCAUAUCGAGUUUGCCAAAUAAAGACUGAGAAGGCUGUUUGUUCCAAAGACAUUUAAAACUCUAACCUUUCAUUAGAUAUAUCAUUGAAAUUGCUUUACACAUUUAAAAUAAAAACUUGUCCCAUAUCCUACUGUAGAGGAAAUGUAUUUUUUAGUACAGUAUUGAAAGAGCCUGUAUUAGAUUCUCAUUUCAAAAUGGCUCAGUCCUGUGUUUUACACUGCUGUGUAUUUGGGAUCCAAUAACUGACCUUUGCCAUUGUUAUUGAUACAGUGAUAGCUGUGAAGCAGACGCAAAGAAAAAUGUUGCCAGUCAGAGAGAGUAGGAUUGAGAAAUAUAAAAAUCCUUUUUUGGUUUUGUCAUUAUCAUGCUUUUCACUAUGCUGUAACCAUGGUGGGUAAUGCUAUUACUAUGCACUAGAAACCGGAGUUGUGUUUUUAGAAUUUAAAAAAAAGGUAAAUUAGGACUGCAUUGUUUUGAAAUGAUUUAUAAAAAUUGUACUGCUGAAAUAAAAUUUAAUUUUCAUUCA